UGUACAUCAUUUUCUUACACAAACAGUUGUUGCCAGCUCCACAAACACAAAGAAAAAAAGAUAAUCAGGGAUGGAUUCUCUCAUAAAUUUACAUGAGGUAGUCGAGAAGUUGUGUGCAUUUUUACGGUCUAGUGUCCAAUCCGACUCUGGGUUGGACACUGCACAAGAUCUUUUCGCUCCUCGAAAGGAGGCGAAACAUCUCAGUGUGGAAGUUGAAGUGGCGUUCUUGUCUUCUCCGCCGCCACAUCGUGUGCCUCUUUAUAUCUUAUUACCCCAUAAGGUAAUGCAUGGCACAAUUUGCCUCAUCACGCCGUCGCCUCAGAAUAAAUUUAAAGAUAAGAUACUUUCUCUGAGCGAAGAUGGUCAUGAGGUUGCGCAAAAUGUAAAGCGAGUCAUUGACGCAGAAAAGCUUCGGACCAAAAUUGUAGACCCUGUGUCUGUGCGUGCUUUCGCGAAAGGCUACGAUAACUUCGUCGUAUACGCAGUGAAGAAGUAUCCACCUCAGCUUACUGGAGAAUUUUUAGGUCACCAGCGGCUCCCAGUGUGGGUGAGCAAGAAGGGGCCUCUGGCGACCUCACUUGCCAAUUCGACGAGAACUGCGGUUGUGUCGCGUCGUGGAAACAAUGCUGUGACAUGUUGUAUCGGACACACUGAUCUAUCCGUUCAGCAGAUUGAGGAAAACGUGAAGACGUUUGUGGAAAAACUCACCAAGCAUCCUCAGGGUGCGGCGCUGAAGAACAUUCUGCAUAUUCGUGUGGCUGGAACAAACACUGAGGGUGUUCGCGUAGGCUUUCCCAUCUUUGGUCAAACUUUUGCAUUCACAUCUGUUAGGACGGCAAAAGGUAAAAGACCUCGCGAGGAGACAUCAGCCGAUCUAAAUGCAACGCAAUCCUCAUCUUAAGUAUCUUUGAGCAUACCUUUAAGGAACUGAUUACGCCUUUUAUUUUUACCACUGUCGAUUAAAGUAUUAACAAUGACGAAAUAAUCGCACCCUUUCAUAAUUUAUCUUUACUGUUACCUUGGUCACUGGGUGUUUUAGUCUUUUUCUUUUACAUGA